AUGGACGAGUUAUCAAAGUCAUCACAUUCUAGAGAUUGUGUGUAUCCAUCGUCUUCAUCCCGUCCCCGAACAGAACGUCCGAAAAUUAACGAAGCUGAUUUAGAGGGCAAAUCACCUGAAGAAAUAGAUAUGCUAAAAACAAUGGGAUUCUGUAACUUUGAUACCACUAAAAACAAAAAAGUAGAGGGAAAUGAUGUUGGUGAAGUUCACGUUAUUCUCAAAAGAAAAUAUCGCCAAUACAUGAAUCGCAAAGGUGGUUUCAAUCGCCCAUUAGAUUUUGUUGCAUAA